AUGAAAAACCUCUCAGUGGACGAGGAUAUCGCUCGCUACAUAUCAGAACAUCUUCGCAAGACCGCCCGCUUGUUGAAAUUCAGAUGGGUUGAGUGCCAGUUCAAAGCACUUGCCAGCUGUCCCGUGAGCCCUCACAACUUGAGCAAGCUGCUUGAGUCACUGCCCAAGACAUUGGAUGAAACCUACGAGCGAAUGCUUCUUGGUAUUCCGGAGCAUGCUCAAGAGUGCUCUCAGCGGAUAUUGACUGCUCUCUGCUGUGCCAAACGGCCCUUAACAGUGCUGGAAGUCAUUGAGUGCGCUGCGAUCGAAUUUGAGCCUGAGCCAGUGUUGAAUCCAGAUCGACGGCUAGAAAAUGCAAAGGCCAUCGAGGAAGCCUGCCCUGGCUUGGUGGAGGUCUACACGGCACCGUUUAAGAUGUCCGAUUCGCGAACCUAUGUGAGAAUUUCUCACUUUUCUGUUCAGGAGUAUCUCGAGUCCGAUCGAAUAUUGCACCAGAAAACCGUGGCGCAAUUUCACACCGGAGGCCACGGCGGCCAAGUCGAGAUGUUGAACAUCUGGCUGUCCGUUCUGAAUGCUGAACAUAAAAGGCUCUCGGAUUUCAUUAGCCUCAUACAUGAUGCCAGCGGACCGCUGGAUGAAUACGCACAUUCACACUGGUACCUGCACUUUACAGAAGGCAAGGAGACGCCGGCGUUGUUAGAUCGAGUCCUGCGACUUUUCCAAGUCUCGUCGUCACUUCGCACCAUAGUAUUCGAACACCUUCGCUUCGAUCGCGGUUUCAAUCAAUUGGAUUUGGAAGAAGACAAUCUUGAACCGCUAGAAUUCGAUGUGGAUGAUUUCGGACGCCUGGAGCUUGCAGGAGGCACUCUAAUCGAGGACAAGACCUGUGUCUACUUGAUGACUAUGCUUGGGUUUCACUCAGUGCUAGUUCGGUUGCUUGCUAACGACAGAACCGACGUGGACAGACCUGUUGCAGGCAUGACCCCAUUGCAGCAGGCAUCCUCAGAUGGGCAUGAGGAAAUAGCACGGCUUCUGCUGGAGCAUGGCGCUGGCAUCAACUUAUUCGGGAAGCACGGCAACGCGUUAUCAGCAGCGGCCAAGAAUCGUCAUAUGGGCACCGUCCAGCUCUUUGUGGACCACAACGCCGAUGUCAAUGCAGGAGGAGAGAGGUUUGCCUCGGCUCUGUCUGCGGCGGCCUGGGGUGGACAUACAGACAUUGUCCAGCAUCUCCUCGAUCAUGAUGCUGAUGUAAACGCCACUGGUAAAAGCCUGGCUUCACCACUAGUCAGCGCAGUGACAAAGGGUCACGCGGAUGUCGUUCAGCUUUUGCUAAACUCCGGCGCUGAUGUGACGGCACUGAACUCGGCUGGCUGUGCACUAAUGGCGGCUGCGUAG